UCGGUUUUCUGUAGCUGAUCCCAGUGUUGCAUGCUGAAGAGUCCCGACGCUCUGUGAGAGAGCUUUAAAGGAUGAUAUGAUGAGGGCUGGAAACGAGAGGAAAUGAAGAUGAAGAUUAGAGUGUGCCAAGGGGUUAGUGGCAUCAUAAUCGUCACCAUGGUUACCAGUUUUAUGUUGGUGUACAACAACAGCUCUGGCGACAGAUCGUCCUCCUCAUCGGCAUCAUCGGUAUCAUCCCACCGAUCAGAUGGCCCCGUUCCAUCCACAAAAAAGCCAGAGACACUGCCGAGACUCCAAACACCAACACUUGAGGGGUACACAGGUGUCAUGGAUCAUAAGCUUCUGAAGAUGCACUGCAGGACUUGUGCCCUGGUGACCAGCUCAGGCCAGCUCACUGGGAGCAAGAGAGGAGAAGAGAUCGACCGCUCUGAGUGUGUGAUCCGUAUGAAUGAUGCCCCCAGCAUCAACUACCAGCAGGAUGUUGGCCGGCGCACCAGCCUGCGUGUCAUAGCUCACUCCAGCCUGCAGAGGGUGCUGCGGAGCCGACAGGAGCUGCUCAACGCCAGUCAAGACACCGUGUUCAUCUUCUGGGGACCCAGCAGCUGCAUGAGACGGGACGGAAAAGGCCACGUUUACAACAACCUCAGGCUGUUGAACCAGCUGCUACCGAAACUUAAAGUCUAUAUCAUUUCUCGGAACAAAAUGCUGAAGUUUGAUGAACUAUUUAAAAAGGAAACAGGAAUCGAUAGGAAGAGUUCCAACUCCUGGCUGAGUACCGGCUGGUUCACCAUGGCCAUAGCUCUGGAGCUGUGUGACAGGAUCAAUGUGUACGGCAUGGUGCCACCUGAUUUCUGCAGAUCCUCCUCUCAUCCCUCUUUGCCGUAUCAUUACUACGAGCCCUCGGGGCCCGACGAGUGCUCCAUGUAUCUCUCCCACGAGAGGAGCCGCCGAGGAAGCCACCACCGCUUCAUCACGGAGAAGGCAGUGUUUGCAAACUGGGCUCGGACCCUCAACAUUCACUUUCACCAGCCGGACUGGAUGCCGGCAGCUGUCACCAACAGCAUGAACAUCUCGUACGCUCCGCUUCCAGCUGGAUCCUGAGAUUCACUCCAGAGACCGUCCCCCAGAUGUGCAGAAUAUCAGCGUGGACGGUUUCAAGCAUACAGAUUCCCUCUGUGGACGAUAUGAAUGCAUGAGACAGCAUUAGGACAGAACAGGCUACUGAUGUGGCUGUUAGCCCGCUGCCUAAGCAGCUUGGCAGAAUGGGAUCAUUGCAUAAUAGCAGCACAAAGCCCCAACAAUGUUUUGGAAGUGUAACUAUAAUAGGAUGAAUUUCAUACUGGAAUCAAAGCCAUCGAGGUUGGCUCAAAUUUGUUUUUGUUUUUUUUUAACUUUGUGUAGAGCUGCUUUAACAACACUGGAGCUGUCAGAGAAGAGACAGACAACCAACAAUAACUGCAAUAACUGCAGUGUGACUGAGUUAUUUUCAUAAACUAAAUAAAGUUUCAUUGAGGACACUGAGGUCACAACCUGAACUUUAUAUACUUUAUAAUCACUCACAAAUUAAACAGUGUUUGUGAUAUUU